AUGGGUGACUUCAAGCCAGACCUCGAAGCCUCUGUAGCUCCGGCGGUCGUGGAAGCAAAAGGAUUGAACGGAGACAGCCAUGAAAGCGGUGUUCUCUACAGACAGCUGCGCCAGAAGCCACUCAACAUCGUGAGUGGCAAGGGAAGCUACGUCUACACAGACACCGGGCUGGAAAUUCUCGAUGCUACCUGUGGCGCGGCGGUGUCGUGUCUAGGACACAAUGACAAACGAGUCCAUGAUGCUAUUAUGGAGCAGCUGCAGAAGGUCUCCUAUACUUAUUCCGUCUUUUUCACCAAUAGCGCUAUGGAAGACCUUUGCAAGCUGCUUGUCGACUCGACGGGCGGCCAGAUGUCUCGUGCAUUUAUCGUGGCCUCUGGUAAGCCCCUGCGUACCAUAGAUCUAGCGAUUCAUGUCGUCGUCUAA